UGUCCGGUGGGAGGAGAGGGAGCGUGUGCUUUCUGUUUGAAUACUUUCCUUACUAUAGUCCCCGAACCCAAAGCACUUCUCCAAACUGUCUGAGGGAGUAGAGGGGAAGUGGUUAACGUUAGUCAAAGUUGCCCAAACUUUCCUCUCUCAUAACUGACAUUUGGCAGCAUGGCAGGCGGGUCUGUGUCGGAGUGUAAGGAGUACUUGUUUAAAGUUUUGGUGAUCGGGGAACUUGGUGUGGGAAAGACGAGCAUCAUCAAACGAUACGUGCAUCAACUCUUCUCGCAACACUACAGAGCGACCAUAGGCGUGGAUUUUGCACUCAAAGUCCUCCACUGGGACAGCAAAACACUAGUGCGGCUACAGCUUUGGGACAUAGCAGGUCAAGAGCGGUUUGGGAACAUGACCAGAGUUUAUUAUAAGGAGGCAGUGGGUGCGUUUGUUGUGUUUGACAUUACUCGAGGCUCUACAUUUGAGGCCGUUUCAAAAUGGAAGCACGAUUUGGACAGCAAGGUGAAACUGGCCAAUGGCAAUCCCAUCCCUUCUGUCCUUCUGGCCAAUAAAUGUGACCAGAAGAAAGAUGGAUCCAACAAUUCCUUGCUUAUGGACAACUUCUGCAAGGAGGCUGGGUUUUUGGGAUGGUUUGAAACAUCAGCUAAGGAGAACAUCAAUGUUGAUGAGGCUGCCCGGUUCUUGGUGGAGAACAUCCUUCUCAAUGAUAAAGGUCUUCCAUAUGAAGAAAACAACGGUGACAAGAUUAAACUGGACCAACAAACAGUGCCUGCUGAGAGCAAGUCAGGUUGCUGCUAGUUUGGAUGCUCUUGUGUGUCCCAUCAUCUGCCGUGGAUAGGAGGCAGGAGGCUCAACAAAUCCCCCAAACCCUAUCCCAUCUCAUCCCUGCCACGGAUCACAUAUACAAUCAGGGGUCGACACAUGUCAGUUUGUGCUCUAAAAGGGGAGAAGACAUCACCAAAGGACAGAUGAUCUGAUCAGAUGAAAACAUCUUUCUGAUGCUUUUAAUGACCAGUUUUUCUCUCUUAAUCUUGCUCUGUGCCAUGUUUGUCCUUUUUUAUAGUGUCAAGCAAGUUACUUCAGUGUGUGCAUGUUGUAAUGUUGCUUAAAACGAAUUAAACUAAAUGGGUGUCAUAGGACCUGGCGAAUACCAGUAAAAGUUCUUAGCCAAAAUUAAAUUAAACUAGUGCCUUUGUCACAGAGGGUGAGUCGUUUUAAUGUACUCUGGAUCAUUUGCAUCUGCUGCUGGGAAUUGCCACCCUAAAUUUUGCAGGAAAAAAGUUCUCAAGAUGUCGCUUUAUGACAUAAUUAUACAUAUUCCCAGGGCAUUUAGUCUGUUGUGAAGACCUAACCAUCAUCAAUCUUGAAGUUCUACCAUGAAAUCAUUUUAUCAAGAUAAAAGAAAAUGAAUAGUCCCUCUAAUGGGCCAUAUAGGUUCAAGAAUCAUAAGCCUAUAUAUGGAUGUACAUUUGUGGUUCAGAGAGUAAGAUCAUGUUGGGUUUCCUCAGGCUUGCACAUGUAAACGUUCAAGUAUGUUUAUUAGUUGUUUUUUUUUUAAAUUGGUACUGAAUGAGGGAUCUGAGCACUUGCUCUGUCCAUGGCUUUAUUCUACAAUGAACUGAAGGCAAAUAUAAAUUUUUAAUAUGCUGGACCAAUUUUGUCAAGUUUGCAAAUAAACAUUUGCUGAAGUAACAAUGACAAAAUAAAACUUUUUAAAAUGUU